AUGUGGACCUUCCUCGGCCUUGCCACCUUCACGUACUUUUAUAAGAAAUGCGGGGACGUGGUCACUUGGGCCAACAAGGAGCUGCUGCUGUGCGUGCUGGUGUUCCUGUCGCUGGGCCUGGUGCUGUCCUACCGCUGCCGCGCCCGCGCCCGCGGCGGGGCCCUCCCGCGGCGCCAGCAGAAGGGCUCCCAGCUCGCCGUCUUCUCGGACCUCCUGGCGGCCCUGCCUUUCAUCGGCGUCUUCUGGGCCAAAUCCCCGCCGGGGACAGAAAAUAACGAGCAGCUCGGGUCCAGGAAGUGCAAAAAAGGAACCAAUAUUUCAGAAACCACCUUAAUAGGAGCAGCUGCCUCUACAUCGAUAUCUUCUCAAAAUGACCCGGAAGUUAUCAUUGUGGGGUCUGGUGUCCUUGGCUCUGCUUUGGCAGCAGUGCUCUCCAGAGAUGGAAGAAAGGUGACAGUAAUUGAGAGAGAUUUACAAGAGCCUGACAGGAUAGUUGGAGAAUUUCUGCAGCCAGGUGGUUAUCAUGUCCUUAAAGACCUUGGUCUUGAAGAUACAGUGGAAGGUAUUGAUGCCCACGUUAUACAUGGCUACAUAAUUCAUGAUCGGGAAAGCAAAUCAGAUGUUCAGAUUCCUUACCCUCUGCUAGAAGACAAUCAAGUGCAGAGUGGAAGAGCUUUCCAUCAUGGAAGAUUCAUCAUGAGUCUCCGGAAGGCAGCUAUGGCAGAGCCCAAUACGAAGUUUAUUGAGGGCGUUGCGCUCCAGUUAUUAGAAGAAGAAGAUGCUGUGGUUGGAGUUCAGUACAGGGAUAAAGAAACCGGAGACAUCAAGGAACUCCAUGCUCCAUUGACUGUUGUUGCAGAUGGACUAUUUUCCAAGUUUAGGAAAAACCUGAUCUCGAGUAAAGUUUCCGUUUCAUCUCAUUUUGUUGGCUUUCUUAUGGAGAAUGCACCACAAUUUAAAGCAAAUCAUGCUGAACUUCUUUUACUUAAUCCAAGCCCAGUUCUCAUCUACCAGAUUUCAUCUCAUGAAACUCGAGUACUUGUUGACGUUCAAGGAGAAUUGCCAAGGAAUUUAAGAGAAUACAUGGUUGAAAAAAUUUACCCACAAUUACCUGAUCACUUGAAAGAACCAUUCUUAGAAGCCACGCAGAAUUCUCGUUUGAGGUCUAUGCCAGCAAGCUUCCUUCCUCCUUCACCAGUAAACAAACGAGGUGUUCUUCUUUUGGGAGAUGCAUAUAAUAUAAGGCAUCCUCUCACCGGAGGAGGAAUGAGUGUUGUUUUUAAAGAUAUAAAACUGUGGAGGAAAUUGCUAAAGGGUAUCCCUGAUCUUUAUGAUGAUGCAGCUAUUUUCCAGGCCAAAAAAUCAUUCUAUUGGUCAAGAAAAAGGUCUCAUUCCUUUGUUGUGAAUAUCCUUGCUCAGGCACUUUAUGAAUUAUUUUCUGCAAAAGAUGAUUCCCUACAUCAGCUAAGAAAAGCCUGUUUUUUAUAUUUCAAACUUGGUGGAGAGUGUGUUGCUGGUCCUGUUGGGCUGCUUUCUGUGCUCUCUCCUAAUCCUCUAAGUUUAAUUGGACACUUCUUUGCUGUUGCCAUCUAUGCCACAUAUUUUUGCUUUAAAUCAGAACCUUGGAUUACGAAACCCCGAGCCAUUUUCAGUAGUGGUGCUGUAUUUUACAAAGCAUGUACUGUGAUAUUCCCUCUGAUUUACUCAGAAAUGAAGUACUUGGUUCUUUAAAGAGAGGGACCGUUUGUGAAUGAAUAUUUGGAACUCACCAAGUCCUAAGUGACUUUCGGAAGAGGAUUUAUGCAGUAUGGUACUUACUAUACCACUUCUUGGAAACUCUUGGACCAAGACUGGAAUUAAUUUGUUUUUGAAGUUAUUUGUAUAUAAACAUGUAAAUAUAUACUUUAAUUUUCAAUUUAAAAUGAAGGGUCAAAUAAGAUAGUUCGAAAGAAAUGAUUGUUACCAUAAAUUAGUGCUAAUACUGAGAAGUUUUUCUUUUGAAUUCAGUAUUUGGAAUGAGUUACUGAGGGACAUACAAAUAAAAUGAAGAAUGCACCCUCA